CUUGUCAUGCUAGCAACCUAACGUGCUUGCGACGUGCCCCAAGCUUUGUUUGACUUCCUUGGCUGUCAUGGACAAACGCACUAUGCCCCCCCACGAGCUUAUUUGAUUCUGCUAGCUGCUAGGUGGUUGUUGCAUACUGGUCUUCUCUUUUCUCUUGUCACCUCGGGCAGCCUCAACUGGCUUAAAAAGAUACAUACUUCAUACCUAGAUAUUUGGUGUAGAAUUUUGCUUAUAAGCCAUGGCGAAUUCCCGGGUUGGACGUUACAAGAUGUCUAAUCUCUCAGACCCUUCAAAAGAAGAUGCUUCACCAGAGGGUUCAGGUACUAUCCAGAAAACUGGAGCCUGGAGUAACACAUUGAACACUCUUCUGCAGCAAGCCUCAGUCUAUGGUGUUGUUGCUGGGUAUUGUCUAUCAGCAUCUCUGCUUUCCAUCAUCAACAAAUGGGCAGUCAUGAAAUUUCCGUAUCCUGGAGCCCUGACAGCUCUGCAGUACUUCACUAGUGUUGCUGGAGUUCUCCUCUGUGGACAGCUAAAGCUCAUUGAGCAUGAUGGCCUCAAUUUGAGGACUAUGUGGAAGUUCUUACCUGCUGCUGUGAUGUUCUAUAUUUCCAUCUUCACAAACAGUGAACUCCUGCUGCAUGCCAAUGUGGACACUUUCAUCGUGUUCCGCUCUGCUGUGCCGAUAUUUGUUGCCAUCGGAGAGACGCUAUAUCUUCAUCAGCCAUGGCCAUCGCUGAAGACAUGGCUUUCACUUUCCACUAUACUUGGCGGAAGUGUGAUCUAUGUUUUCACCGACAACCAAUUCACUGUGACUGCUUACACCUGGGCGGUGGCCUACCUAGCAAGCAUGUCCAUUGAUUUUGUGUACAUCAAGCAUGUUGUCAUGACCAUUGGGCUGAACACAUGGGGCCUUGUGCUAUACAACAACCUUGAGGCCUUGAUGCUGUUCCCCCUUGAGCUCCUUAUAAUGGGAGAGUUUGAUCAGAUGAAGGUUGACAGCUCCAAAGUGUCAAAUUGGCUUUCAUUCGAUUUGGUCCUCCCUGUUGCUCUCUCAUGCCUAUUGGGGCUGUCAAUAUCCUUCUUCGGGUUCUCCUGCAGACGGGCUAUCUCUGCUACCGGGUUCACAGUACUUGGCAUAGUGAACAAACUCCUGACCGUGGUGAUUAAUCUGCUUAUCUGGGACAAGCAUGCCUCCUUUGUGGGUACCAUUGGGCUCCUGAUAUGCAUGUCAGGUGGUAUACUCUACCAGCAAUCCACCACAAAACCGAAAGCACCAAAGGUUGAGCCGAAGGAAGAGAAUGAUGAGGAGCAGCAGAAAUUGCUGCAGAUGCAGGGAGGGCAAGAGAGCAACUCAACUCAAAAGUAAAGCUCUCCAUAAACCUGAAGAGAAGUUCACCAUUGAUGCGGUACCUCCUUUGCAACAGCCUCACCUGAACACUUGGGUACCGGUUAAUACUUGGAAACAAACAUAUGGAUGGAUGGUAGUUAGUCCUGGACUAGGCGCUGCAAAAUCUCGAAAUGUUUUAGAUAUUAGAAGCCAUGGAGGGGACUGAACUAUCAUCAUGCAAUUCUUUGUUACUGUAUUGCCGUUUUCAUUUGUAACACAAGCUGUCAAGAUUGUUAUGGUAGGGUACCUGGGAUUUGUCAAAUGUACCUACCUGCAUUGAAUAUGUCGUAUAUGAAAGCAUCUAUCUCAUACAUUUUGUCGGUGACGGUAUGGUCUGUUUUUAUUUAUUUGUCUGCUGAAGUUUGCCAAUUUGUUCUGUAAUGGUGAUGGAACUAUCAGUUUCCCUCUUGUGCUUAAAGAAAAGCUUUCAUGUGUCCA